AUGCAUGUUCGAGUUGGAGUGGCUGGUUUGGACUAUCUCAAAUGUCUUUCUGACUGUGGUUGUACUGGUGGUGUCAACUAUUGGUCAGACAACGACAUUGAUGAUUACAAACCAGACACAUCUUCUGAAGGUGCAUUGUCAGACUGUGAAAGCCUGUGUGAGCUCAAGGGAGAUGAUUUGGAGCACAAUUUGAAGCGGCUCCAAGCAGAGGCUGACUUGGAAGCCCCCAGGUGGACAGCACCUAUUGAUACAUUGUUUAAGAUAAUCUUGAGGCCAAAGACAAAUGUCGUUUGGAAGAAGGCAGAGCAGAAUAGAUCAUUGGGAUAUAAUGGACUGUCAAGUUGUACUCAAUGUCAGAGGGAUAAGCUGGCCCGAGACCAAGCUGAAUGA